CCGUGUCCGUGCCUGGCAGGAAGCAGCUCGGGGACAGAGCGGGCAGGACUGGAGGGGGGCACAUCCGGCACGGGCGGGGGUACAGCAACAGGACCAUGGAGAAUGAGCAGCAUGGACAGGAGGAGGACCGGUGAGACUAUCCGUGCGGGCUGGACAGGGACUGGCGGCUAUAGACCGCUGUGUUACAGCACUGUUUAUAUAACCAAUACAUAGAAUGGCUGGCUAGUGACAGGCUGAGUGUAAUGGCUGGCUAGUGACAGGCUGAGUGUAAUGGCUGGCUAGUGACAGGCUGAGUGUAAUGGCUGGCUAGUUACAGGCUGAGUGUAAUGGCUGGCUAGUGACAGGCUGAGUGUAAUGGCUGGCUAGUGACAGGCUGAGUGUAAUGGCUGGCUAGUGACAGGCUGAGUGUAAUGGCUGGCUAGUGACAGGCUGGGUGUAAUGGCUGGCUAGUGACAGGCUGAGUGUAAUGGCUGGCUAGUGACAGGCUGAGUGUAAUGGCUGGCUAGUGACAGGCUGAGUGUAAUGGCUGGCUAGUGACAGGCUGAGUGUAAUGGCUGGCUAGUGACAGGCUGAGUGUAAUGGCUGGCUAGUGACAGGCUGAGUGUAAUGGCUGGCUAGUGACAGGCUGAGUGUAAUGGCUGGCUAGUGACAGGCUGAGUGUAAUGGCUGGCUAGUGACAGGCUGAGUGUAAUGGCUGGCUAGUGACAGGCUGAGUGUAAUGGCUGGCUAGUGACAGGCUGAGUGUAAUGGCUGGCUAGUGACAGGCUGGGUGUAAUGGCUGGCUAGUGACAGGCUGGGUGUAAUGGCUGGCUAGUGACAGGCUGAGUGUAAUGCAUGGUUGAAGUGAUGGUAUUGAAUGGGAGUGUAAUGGCUGGCUAGUGAUGUGCCGAGCAAACACGGACAGGCUGGAGUGCAAUGGCUAGUGACAGGCUGAGUGUAAUGGCUGGCUAGUAACAUGCUGAGUGUAAUGGCUGGCUAGUGACAGGCUGAGUGUAAUGGCUGGCUAGUGACAGACUGAGUGUAAUGGCUGGCUAGUGACAGGCUGAGUGUAAUGGCUGGCUAGUGACAGGCUGAGUGUAAUGGCUGGCUAGUGACAGGCUGAGUGUAAUGGCUGGCUAGUGACAUGCUGAGUGUAAUGGCUGGCUAGUGACAGGCUGAGUGUAAUGGCUGGCUAGUGACAGGCUGAGUGUAAUGGCUGGCUAUUGACAGGCUGAGUGUAAUGGCUGGCUAGUGACAUGCUGAGUGUAAUGGCUGGCUAGUGACAUGCUGAGUGUAAUGGCUGGCUAGGUGACAUGCUGAGCCGCAUCACGCCCAUGCGACAGGGCUGAGUGUAAAUGGCUAGUGACAGGCUGAGUGUAAUGGCUGGCUGAAGUGACAGGCUGGAGUGUAAUGGCUGGCUAGGUGACAUGCUGAGUGUAAUGGCUGGCUAAAGUGACAGGCUGAGUGUAAUGGCAGUGACAGGCUGAGUGUAAUGGCUGCCGCUUGACAGGCUGAGCUCCAAUGGCUGGCUAGGCGACUGGCUGAGUGUAAUGCAGCUUCUGGUGACAUGCUGGAGGUAAUGGCUGGCUAGUGGACAGGCUGAGUGUGUACUUUUGGCUGGCUAGUAACAGGCUGAGUGUAAUGGCUGUCUAGUGACAGGCUGAGUGUAAUGGCUGUCUAGUGACAGGCUGAGUGUAAUGGCUGGCUAGUGACAGGCUGAGUGUAAUGGCUGGCUAGUGACAGGCUGAGUGUAAUGGCUGGCUAGUGACAGGCUGAGUGUAAUGGCUGGCUAGUGACAGGCUGAGUGUAAUGGCUGGCUAGUGACAGGCUGAGUGUAAUGGCUGGCUAGUGACAGGCUGGGUGUAAUGGCUGGCUAGUGACAGGCUGAGUGUAAUGGCUGGCUAGUGACAGGCUGAGUGUAAUGGCUGGCUAGUGACAGGCUGAGUGUAAUGGCUGGCUAGUGACAGGCUGAGUGUAAUGGCUGGCUAGUGACAGGCUGAGUGUAAUGGCUGGCUAGUGACAGGCUGAGUGUAAUGGCUGGCUAGUGACAGGCUGAGUGUAAUGGCUGGCUAGUGACAGGCUGAGUGUAAUGGCUGGCUAGUGACAGGCUGAGUGUAAUGGCUGGCUAGUAACAGGCAGAGUGUAAUGGCUGGCUAGUGACUGGCUGAGUGUAAUGGCUGGCUAGUAACAUGCUGAGUGUAAUGGCUGGCUAGUGACAGGCUGAGUCUAAUGGCUGGCUAGUGACAGGCUGAGUGUAAUGGCUGGCUAGUGACAGGCUGGGUGUAAUGGCUGGCUAGUAACAGACAGAGUCUAAUGGCUGGCUAGUGACAGGCGGGUGUAAUGGCUGGCUAGUUAACAGUCUGAGUGUAUUGGCUGGCUAGUGACAGGCUGAGUGUAAUGGCUGGCUAGUGACAGCCUGAGUGUGAUGGCUAGUGACAGGCUGAGUGUAAUGGCUGGCUAGUGACAGGCUGAGUCUAAUGGCUGGCUAGUGACUGGCUGAGUGUAAUGGCUGGCUAGUGACAGGCUGAGUGUAAUGGCUGGCUAGUGACAGGCUGAGUGUAAUGGCUGGCUAGUGACAGGCUGAGUGUAAUGGCUGGCUAGUGACAGGCUGAGUGUAAUGGCUGGCUAGUGACAGGCUGAGUGUAAUGGCUGGCUAGUGACAGGCUGAGUGUAAUGGCUGGCUAGUGACAGGCUGAGUGUAAUGGCUGGCUAGUGACAGGCUGAGUGUAAUGGCUGGCUAGUGACAGGCUGAGUGUAAUGGCUGGCUAGUGACAGGCUGAGUGUAAUGGCUGGCUAGUGACAGGCUGAGUGUAAUGGCUGGCUAGUGACAGGCUGAGUGUAAUGGCUGGCUAGUGACAGGCUGAGUCUAAUGGCUGGCUAGUGACAGGCUGAGUCUAAUGGCUGGCUAGUGACAUGCACAGGCUCUGUCUAAUGGUUGGCUGGUAACAUGCACAGGCUCUCUCUAAUGAUUGGCUGGUAACAUGCACAGGCUCUGUCUAAUAGCUAGUAAGGCCCACAAUGCAGCAGGUAGCUGGAGAAAAUUAACAAAACAAAGUACAGAUAGGGAAUGAGCAGAGGCGUUGUUGGAAAAGCCAAAGGUUGGGCAGUACAAAUUUAGAAACGAUAAGACAAGCAGAGUGUCGAAUAUCCGAUGAUGCAGGUUAAGUAAAACAGUACAGUAUCCACAGUACAGUAUCCACAGUACAACUUAGCAAAGAGGGCUAGGAGACAGGCUGUUAUAUAUGUGAGAAGGGACACGCCCCCUCAUGUCAUCCCUGGAUUCCUGACACUCCUCCAUUCUUCAUACUUUCAGUAAUAUAAUUGUGUUUUGAGUGAACAAUGUCAGUGUGUACUUAUUGUAGAAUCUAUGUGUGCAUUGUCAGUACUCCUGUAUGUGCACAACUGUGUGUAUAUGUCUGUAUGUGUUAUGUUAAUGUUCCUGAGUCCGUGUCCUAUGUCAGUACGUCUGUCUGUGCUAAUUCCUCUGUGUGUUCAAUGUCUGUAUCUUGUUGUUCCUGUGUGUGUUUAUAUUGCUGUUAAUGUGUGUGUGUGCAAUGCCAAUAUGUUGUACAUUACUACAACCCUUUUUAAUCAAACCCUCAGUUUAUUCUCCCUAACCCACUUCCCCAGAUAUUUCUUCCAACUAGCUCACCAAACCCAUCCAGUUAAAGGAUUAGUUCAACACUUUAUUGUAAUUUUCUUUAUUUAGAAUGCCCUGUUGAGCAUUAGUAAUUAGGUACCAUCGCCUUUUUAGAGUCAAGUAAAAACACACAAAAAAAAAAAACAAAUAAUUUUUGAACUUACCUUGAAUCCAACGCUGGGCGAAGCUUCCCAUUUAGGUUUCUUCCUUCGCAAGGUCCAAUCAAAUGCUUCUUUUAAAGGCAUUUGAUUGGGCCAUACUCACUGGCUCAGAACACAUGCAUAUGCUAGGUGAAAGGAAGGAGUAGGGAUAGACAAGGGACGGUAUAUAUAAAAAGUAAAUAUAGUGAGGGAGAGAAGAUCUAGGCUUCCCCUUGUAGGAGCGCUCCCUGCGCCUGCAAGGAUUGAAGCUCAUUUCUUGUGUCGCCAGUUUGCUGACGUCAGAUGUAAUUCUUUGAGCCUUUGCAUUUUAAAGUGAUCUAUUUCUAUUUUUGCAUAAUGGAAAAUGUGUAAAUGUAAUAAAUAUAGGAUAUUUAGGAUUUUGAAGUUUUAGUGGUUAGUAGGUAGUGGGGAAUUUAUUAAAUGCAAACUGUAGGUAGUUAAGGGCUCAUGAAUACAACCAUAAAAAAUACAUCAUCUUGUAAUUUAGUUAGAUGGAUAAGCAUACAUAAUUAGAAUCAGAUGGAAAAUGUUAACAUUGAGAUUAAUGGUAACAUAGUCGCAUGAAAAGUGGCAGUGUUUCUUGCAAAAAAAUCUUGUAUUUUUUUUUUAAACCUUUCUUCUUAGUGUAUGCGUUUGUGUGAAUUAUGGUUUUUUUUUGUUUUUUUUAAGUGGUGUGCUACUAAAAUGAUCAUAUAAGACUUGAGCCCAGGUAAGCAAGUGGUUUAAAUUCCAUGUCUAGAAGCUUUAAUGCAAAUAUCUCAAAUUUGAGCAAGACCCUUAAAGGAACACUAUAGGCACCCAGACCACUUCAGCUUAAUGAAGUGGUCUGGGUGCCAGGUCCAGCUAGGAUUAACCCUUUCUUCUAUAAACAUAGCAGUUUCGCAGAAACUGCUAUGUUUAUAAUAGGGUUAAUCCAGCCUCUAGUGGCUGUCUCAUUGACAGCAGCUAGAGGCGCUUCCGCGCUUCUCACUGUGAUUUUCACAGUGAGAAGACGCCAGCGUCCAUAGGAAAGCAUUGAGAAUGCUUUCCUAUGGACUGGCUGAAUGCGCGCGUGGCUCCUGCUGCGCAUGCGCAUUCAGCCGAUGACGGCGAUAUGGAGGAGGAGAGUUCCCCCGCCCGGCGCUGGUAAAAGAGGUAAACCCCCUAGAGUCCGGCUGGAGGGGGGCCCUGCACUAUAGUGCCAGGAAAACGAGUAUGUUUUCCUGGCACUAUAGUGGUCCUUUAAAUCUUGAAUGCCAAGCAGGCCAUGACGAAGUGAAGUUUUGAAAACUGUUCCAAAUCUGGCUCCUUUAAUGAAUUUGUGGGUGUAUUUAACAGUGUGUUUAUUUUCCAUUAGAGUGAAACACACUCAUAAUUGGCAUGUAAUUUACAAAAAAUAUGUGAAAACCAAUAUAUCAACAUAUGAUAUAUUUUCUAAAUUAGGACAAAUAAAUAUAUAUAUUAAAAAAAAUGGUAUUCCUCUUUAGACAUGCAAUUAUUGUUUCUGCAUUAUCCUUGGCAUGGGUUGUUUUUUUUAUUUUAUUUUUUGUUUUUUUAUUUUAUUAUUUGAAGAAAAGAUGGAUGCUCAGUACAAAUACAUAAAUAUUGCAGAUUAUGAAUGUCCACAAUCAAAAGGAGCAUCAAUAACCAUAAGACAUUGGAAAUUUGAGAGUAUGUUGUAUCAUCACAUAUUACAAUGAACUUUAACAUUUAUGACGUUUAAGGUUUUGCUUUUUAAAUUUUGUAAUUUUUUUUGUACCGAAUUAUGGUGGCAUUUAUAAAUGUGCCCUUUAAAAUGUAUAUAAUGUAUUUGCUAGAGCAAGUCACAAUUGAACAACCCAUACCAGGCACCAGAUUUUAAAUCCAAUAAGCCAGGUAUGGACAAGUUGUCAACAUGUAUUAUCAUGAAUGCAUUAUCAGGAUAAUAGUGAUUGUACACUGAUUAUCACACACAGAGGAUAGAGACCUGACCUUGUAUAACUAAUUGCAUAGCUUGCUCUCUGCUCUCAGUGUAAACAGGUAAUUUUACACCUUUGUCUGCAUUGCAGUCUCCAGGCAUUUUGUGCUGUGUCCUAAAAGCAUUUCUCAGCAGUUUGGUGCCCAAGCUUCUUGUGGGGCCAUGUUUCUGUAUACACUGCAGCAGGUUGUCCAGUGACUACCUGGAAAUUAUUUCCAAAAGCGUAUGUAUUGGUACGUAUUCUCAAUACGCAGAACAUAUUUUGAAUUACAGGGGUGUGUACAUUAUUUUUUUUCUUUAUUUCUUUUUUUCUUUUUUUUUUUUCAAUUCAAUCUACUUAAAGGACCACUCUAGGCACCCAGACCACUUCAGCUUAAUGAAGUGGUCUGGGUGCCAGGUCCAGCUAGGCUUAACCCAUUUUUUCAUAAUUAUAGCAGUUUCAGAGAAACUGCUAUAAUUAUGAAUGGGUUAAGCCUUCCCCCUAAUCCUCUAGUGGCUGUCUCAUUGACAGCCACUAGAGGCGCUUGCGUGCUUCUCACUGUGAUUUUCACAGUGAGAGCACGCAAGCGUCCAUAGGAAAGCAUUGUAAAUGCUUUCCUAUGAGACGGGCUGAAUGCGCGCGCAGCUCUUGCCGCGCGUGCGCAUUCAGCCGGGGGGAAUGGAGGAGGAGAGAAGGAGGAGAGCUCUCCGCCCAGCGCUGGAAAAAGGUAAGUUUUUACCCCUUUCCCCUUCCAGAGCCGGGCGGGAGGGGGUCCCUGAGGGUGGGGGCACCCUCAGGGCACUAUAGUGCCAGGAAAACGAGUAUGUUUUCCUGGCACUAUAGUGGUCCUUUAAGUGACUAAAGUAGUAGUCCAGUCUACUUGUUCCUCAUAACAAUCUAUUUGUCCUGACAUAAAAAUGUUUAAAUUAAAAAUAUUGGGCUCUUUGGAGGGAGGAGGGGUAUGUGGAGUGUAUUAGAUUGGAUUUGGGGGCAGUGUGUGUUAGAUUGGGUCUGCAUGGAGGCCGUGAACACUCCCCAUGGAGAUGCUGAUUGGCUGCGCAGGUUUUUGCCACACAUGCACAAUAGCCUCCCAAUGCUUUCCUGUGGAAAAGCAUUGGAUUGGCUGAGAUCAUUAAGUUUGAUGAUCUCAGUCAAACUGCAGAACAUACUCAAAGGACUUCAAAAUCAACAAGAUAACGUCAUUUGUUUUUUUACAGCUGUGCAAUAGCAUACAUUCACCAUUUCAGUCCCAUUUACCAAAUAUUUCUUAAUAUGUCAAUGUAGUUGGACUGAAACAUUGGUUAUAUGCUAAUGCAUUUCUCCUUAAAACAAAUUUGUACUUUUGUUUACUUUGAAACUUUUUUCUUUUUUUAUACGGUACUUUUCUAAAUAAAGUUUUUUUUGCGGCCCACAUAAACUUAAACCUUGUUUAUUUAGCCCGCGUUAGCCUUUAGUUGGACAUGCUUUUAGUACAUAUUGUUACACUCUAACAGUAAAGUGAAAAAAAAAGAAGAAAUGUAUGUAAAAAUUGAGAUUAGCUCAUUGAUAUGGGAUCCUUUUUCAAUUUGGCUAUAGCCACUACUUAGCUAUUUUAGCCACAGUUUUGCCAUUUGAAUUUAAGUUCCCUGCAAUUUAAAGUUUUACUGUCACUCUGCCAUGGAAGGGUUUUUGUUUAUGCUUUAUACUGCUUGGUUAUGUUUUGGCAAUUGUUCAAUAAAGGUCCUUUUAAAACACAAUUAAUGUUACCAUAUGUUUAUUUUAGUGCAUCCUAUAGUUGGAUUAGACUUGAAAUGUUCUUCCUGUGUAAAUGUAUGGAACUGCACCAUUUUGAAUUAUUUAUAGGGACACAAAGAGUUAACAGCUCCAUGCUGGGCCGGACUGGGGACAAAAUUUGACGUGUGUGUGUGUGUGUGUGAGUAUAUAUAUUUGGAGGGAUUGUGUGUUGGGGGGAGGCAGAUUUAAAAAAAACAAAAAACCACCGUGCUGCAGUCCCUGGUGGUGAGUGAACUCUAGCCUUGCAACGCUCCGAAUCUCGCGAGAGGAACCCGGCGGAUUUGGGGGCAGUGUGUGUUAGAUUGGGUCUGCAUGGAGGCCGUGAACACUCCCCAUGGAGAUGCUGAUUGGCUGCGCAGGUUUUUGCCACACAUGCACAAUAGCCUCCCAAUGCUCUGCAAGAUAGAGCUCCUCCAGGUCCUCUCCUGGCUCCAUGUCAAACUAUGUUCCAUGGUGAGUAAACCCUACAGAAGAGAAUAACGUUUACACUAAUGGUAAUAUUUUGUAGUAUAAUCAGAUGCUGAAACACUUUGCAAUCUGGUUGAACUGUGCUUACUAAUAACAAGUCUAAAGUGCAUACUUUAUGCCCCAGGUAGAUUGUAAGUAAACUGCAUUUACAAAACACCAUUAUGAUUGCUCUUCAGAUAUUGCUAAAGAGGCAAUUCACUACAUUAGGGAUUUGAUUAUAUUUAUAAAGUCCUAGUGGUAUAGCUUUAUUGGCUAUUAUUAAUGGGAUCUGUUUUGUAUACUGUAAUGGAUAAAAGAUUAAGUUUUCACUGAGUUAACUGAAGUUCUGUAAUAUACAUUAACUGAUAUUCUGUAUUUCGAUGCACCAUGUCUGUGCAUAGAUCAUGCCUGUGCAGUCUCAUUGCUCAAUUCACUGCAAUUUAGGAGUUAAAUCACUUUGUUUAUACAGUGCUAGUUACAUCUCCCUGCAUGUGAUUUGCACAGCCUUCCUAAACACUUCCUGUAAAGAGACAUCUAAUGUUUAUCCUUUAUUGCACAGUCUGUUUAAUUUCGAAUUUCUUAUCUCCUGCUCUGUUAAUAGCCUUCUAGACCCUACAGGAGCUUAAAGUUAAAUUUAAUUCAAGUUUACAUCUGAUUUUAAAAUGAAGUUAUUAUUUUUCAUGCAGGCUGUGUGAGUCACAGCCAGGGGAGGUGGUGCUGGGGCUGCAUCACAGAAACAAGAGCUAUAACCCCUUUAAAAGGACACUGUAGUCACCAGAAUAACUACUGCAUAAUGUUGAUGUCCUGGUGUCUACUGCCUGUCUCUGUAGGCUUUUAAAUGUAAACAGCCAUUUCAGAGAAAAGGCAUUAUUUACAUUACCGUCUAAGAACACCUGUAGCGGCUAUUCCUCAGAUGGCUGCUAGAGGUGCUUCCUGUGUCACUGCUCUGCAUAGAGGCACUGAACGUUCCCCUAUAGAGAUGCAUUGAAUCAAUGCAUCUCCAUGAGGAGAUGCUGAUUGGCACAGUGCAGUGUUUUGUCACACAUGCCCAAUAGCCUCCCAAUGCUUUUCUAUGGGAUUGGCUAAAUGAAUCAUAUCUGAUGUCAGCCAAGGAGGCGGAUUGUUGGCGGGUCUGGAAAAAGGUGACUAAAUCACCUUUCUAAACCGAGGUAAGGAGGGCCGACCACCUAAACAGUGGUUUUAGAAUUAUUGUGUCAGGAAAACACUUUUGAGUUCCUGACACUAUAUAGUGCCACUUUCAUGGCAGAGAAUUGAGCAGUGAGACUGCAGUGGCACCAAAACUGCUUUAUUAAGCCAAAGUUUAUUUGGUGACUAUAAGGUCCCUUUAAAUGGCUAUAAGGAGUACACUUGCAUGUUUAUAAUUUGACGAAAAAGCCGCAUACUUUGCCUCAUGUAAUACUUGCAAAGAGUGCAGAAAAAUCACUCUUAUUUAGCUUGUUGAAAAAUACCAGUGCAUACCAAAAUGACCUUUGAAAGAUUUAAAGAAAUACUCAACAUGCAUCUCAUUGCCUUACCAACAGCUUCAUCAGGGACAAGGCUAAUAUACACUUGCGUUUAAUAAAAGCAGACCCAGUGUAAAUAACUCUAGGAUAAAUGCUUAGGCUGCACGAUGAAAUGAACAUCAGGAUAGAAAAGAUUUAAAAGGGCUUUUUUUUCUAGGCCACAUUAAAGGGAAACAGGUUAAUAAAACCUAGUCAAAGGACAAGAUCGCAUUGCACUAAGGAUCUGGGGAAAAAAAGAGGAAUUAUCUUCCAGGGAAUUUGCUAAUAUUUCAGGGAGAGGCUAACGGUCAUCGCGUGGUAAGAUACAUAUUUAAGGCAUAGUCCAGAAAGCACUGGCUGCUGAACUCUGGGAUUAUUUGGAGAGGCAAAAGGCCUAAAAUCAAUAAAAAAAUAGAUUAAUCUUGCAUAAACCUUUUAAGCACUUAGAGAAUUAUUUAUUCAUACCAGAGAAUGGUAUGAAUAAAUAAUAUGACCGCGUCAAUGUGAAUUGCUUCAGUUUUGCAUUCUAUGUCAAACACACACUUUCUGAGAUAAUAAAAUGGUGGAAAAUGGGUUUUCUGAAAGGUUUUUCUUCAGGGCAUGUGUUUAAGUUCCAUAUGCUACAUUAUUUGUGAAAUUAAAUGGUGUCCUGCUUUAGGAGGAUAGGAUGCUAUUUGGGUAUUGUGUGAGUUCAUCUGAGGAGUGGUUUCAAGCGAUGCAGGAAAGGUCAAGGAUAUAUCCUUAGUCAGUGUAUAUCUAUUAAUAUGUUACAGUUAUAGGUGUCUGAAGACCUCCGUUAAAGGAAUACUAUAAGUGCCAGGAAUAUAAAGCUGUAUUACUGGCACUAUAGCUCCCUAUGCCUCCCCCCACCGGCAUAGAUAAAGGGUAAAAAAAAAUUAUUUGCUUACCUUUACCCAGCGCUGAUGUCCCUUGGUGCUGGGCUGUGCUCUGACAGCCCGCGACAAGCGGUGCUAAUGUGCAUGCGGGGUAAAUGCCACGUGCAUUAGACCUCUCCAUAGGAAAACAUUGAAUCAAUGCUUUCCUGUAGAGAAAAACCUGACGUUGGAUGUCCUCAUGCAGAGUGUGAGGACGUCCAGCGUACGAUACCGGACCAAAGGUCUGUUUCGAUUCAAGAAACUCUCUAGUGGAUGUCUGGUAGACAGCCACUGUGGACAGACUUAGAGCUGCAAUGUAAAAAUUGCAGUUUCUCUGGAACUGCAAUGUUUAACAUUGCUGCACUAAGGGCAAUAGGGGCACUGAACCCAGACCACUUCAAUUAGCUGAAGUGGUCUGGGUGCCUACAUGGUCCAUCUAAGCUAUUUUGACCUACAUUUUUAAAUUCACUUUGAAUUCUAAAUUUAGUAAAUCACUCUGUCAGAAAUGGUUAUGAAGGCAGAUAUCCAUGAUGGAUAACUAGUUGUGUCCAACGUUUCAAAUGGAGAAAUAGGGACACUUUCAUGAUAGGCGUGUGGGCAGGGCUUUUGAAAGUAAUUUUUGAUAACUUGCUAUCUAUUUUGAGCUGCUUGACAAAAAUAAAGGUCCCCUGGACACUGGUGUUUCAGGCCCUUGCUUGCAUUAUUGCUAAUGCAGAGAUUACAUAUCCCCAUUAGCUCAAGCAGUUCAUUACUUUAGAGUUGUAUGUUCUUACAUAUCGUUCAUAUGGCUGUAUAUAUUCACAUUUGCAAAAUGUGCACUGUCUAUUUACACUCAGAACAUGUUGCUGCCUUAAAGAGGAACUGGGUGUGUUGUUCCUCAGUAUCUCUUGUCAGCUUCUAAUUGCUGGUAUAACCAUAAACGAUAGUUCAAUUAAAUAAAUCUUAUUUUCCUGGUGUGCUGACAUUUCCAUAUUUAUUGCAUGCCAUGUCUUGUUUUAUUAAAUUCCUGUCGUUGUGCAUGCCAGUAGCAUUAAGCAUAGAUUCACCUCAAACCUGCUUUUAUUGUAUCUGGUUUUUUUUUUUUCUUUUCUUUGUGCUUAUAUAUCCUCAGGCACAUGCUUUAUUUAAAGUUAACUGACACCUUUGGAAGUUUGGAACACAUUGUUUAUGUAUUAAAAAAAAAAAAUUAAAAAAAAAAUACCAGGUCAGCUUUUGUGUACUUUUUUGUUGAUUAUAUCUGAAAACUCAGUAGUUCCUUGCAGAGAGGCUUAAUCGGAAGGAAGGUUUUGCAGUCCAUCCAUUAUGUUCCUAAAGAAAAGCUUAGGUGUUCCCUAAACUGCUGAGUUGUAUAGUUUUUUCAACUUGAAUAUUUAGCCCACUCUCCACCAGGUUAGUUAAUAGAUCUAUAUCUAGCUGUGAAUAAACUGGCUGGAAAAUCUACUGUCCAGAACCUGUGUGAGGGCAGGGUUGCUGAUGAUCAAGCUAUAGGUCUUGUUUAGAACAGUCCAGAGUGUAGUAUUGAAGUCUUUUCUGCUGAGUUCAGCUGUCACGCUGUACAGAAAUGGUUCAUUUCAGCUCACAUUUACAAAUAACUCCAAACUCUGCAUACUAUGACUAGUGAAACUGUCUAGCAUCUUGCCCCAAGUAAUCUUUAUGGGUUUCUAUCCUAGUAAUUAGUUAUGUGCAGGUAUGUUUUCUUAUACCAUUCUAUUUCUGAUGGUAGGAACAACUUACUGUACAUAUAAAUAAAUGGCCUUUUGUACGUUUUCUAGUAAGAGGUUUUUCUAGGUGUAUGUAUGCAAAUGUAUAUUCCUAACACUAGUCCUUGUUUAGAUGACCAGGCCUACACUGCCAGGGUUAAAAAAAAAAAUUAAAUUAAAAAAAAAAAAGUUAACUUUUCUAUACUCCGUCACAGUGCUUGUCUCUGGUGUGUAGCUCCGCCUCUUUGGCUGAAAUUAUCAAAAUUAAUGAUCUCACAGUGCUAUGGAAUUUGCUGGUGCUAUAUAAAUAAUCUAAUAAUAAUCAUAAUCUAAGACAAUCCAAUGCUUUUCCAUAGAAAAGCAUUGAAAGACUAGUGUGCAUGCGCUGCAAAAUGCCAUGCUGUGCCAAUCAGAUGGUCCGUAAAUAGCAGAGUUCUACUCCAUUUCAUGGAAGCGCCACACUUGGCUGUCAUAUUCACUGCUACUCAAGGCAGGUUAACCAUGCAAAGAAAAUAUUGUCAUUACUGCAGAAUACAAAUACAGAAAGAUAAGUCCUGCGCUCACUCCCAUCACUCCUGGGCGGCAGCAACGACUACAGUACACAUCAGCCCUAAUAUAUAUAGUAAAAACUAAAGAAAAACAAGUUACCUUCGCUCUCUCCUUAAUCCCUAUGUAUAUUUAAACAAAUGGAGGUCAUUUAGUUACUCUGUUCUAGAUGAUUUACUGCAAACCAAUUAGUUUGAAUGACUAUCUGUUCCUGUCCAAAUUAAAGAUAAUAAAGUUGCGUGCACGCAGAAGUAAAUUCACACUGAGACACAAGGUUCAGGGUAAUGAAAGAACUUCAGAGAAGUUUAAUGGCUUCUGACAGAAAAUGGGUGCGCAGACCCUUAUAAAGGCAUUAUUACAUCAUUGAAGAAAAUCAAGAUAUAGACAAAUAGACAUUGUUAAUUGGCUUAGGUGCUAAGAUGUUAGUAAAAUGCCCUCCCCAUUCUUAGGUCACUAUCUACGUAAUUUCUUAACUCCUACAGGUUUUAGCGCCAUCUUGCUAAAAUGAGGAGCUCACUCGACGGGAGGGGCCUUUUGGCAGCUAUCCAUUUGGAGCGUAGCUGGCACUUGUUAGUUUCUCAAGGUUAAGUUUCAAGGAUUUUAGUAAAUACACAUUUUAUCAAAGCUAUUUCUUGCUGACAUGCAAAUUCUAUGUUCUAUAGACAAAGCUUCCUUGUAAAACUAUGGGGGCCUCUUAGAGGUAUAGCAAGAGGAUUUAAAGGGGCCUUACAAAUUUAUAGAGGCCUAAUAAUUCUACAACAGUCCCCCCUAAAAUGUUAUUUGCUAAAAGACAAAACUUUAUUUGUUAGUAUCAGAAGAAGUAUUAGCCCAAAGACACAGAAACCCCAUGACCGCUGACUUAGUGUUAAUGCAAAGUGCAAGUCUAUCCCUCUCUUGACCCUAACAGGCUGCAGCACAUCCGUCAGUACGGUUCAGGAACACUCUUCACUCCGCUGGUAACCCAUAGUGGCUUAUCCACUACUUCUCCGUACGGCAGUCUACCCAUAAAGACGGACGCUGUCCCUGUACUGUCCCUUCCUAGACUUUCUGCACUUCAUCAGUAUAAGGGAGAGUUUGUAGCGGAAUACAGGGUGAGAUGAGGUCUUGAUCAUCGAUUGUCAGAUGAGUGAAGGUUGGUGUUGCUUGGUCUACAGUUUUCUGCAGGAAUUUCCUUAGGCAUGGGAGGACACAACAAAUGAGAAGAGCGAGAAUAAAAAGAAAAAUUAGUAAGGCAAUACCAAUCUGGACUAAAGCUCUCUGCCAACCAGUCAUCCAACCAAACCAUUUUUCCCAGGGAUCAGUAACUCCAGAGUUUCUCUUUAACUCUUCUGAGAGUCUAUUUAAUUUAGCUAUGGCCAGAGUGACUUUACCAUUAGGACCUGUGUUUUCUGGAAUGUAAGUGCAACAAGUCAUAGUGUCGGGAAGUAUUUUACAGACCCCCCCUUUUUCGGCUAAGAUCAUGUCUAAGGCCAGUCUGUUCUGGAAGGUCAUUUGGGAUGUGGCCUGUAAUUGCUCGGCCAAGCCCUGGAGGGCAUCCCUGGUGUAGUUCACGAAGCGCUGUUGGUUGUAAUAGAUUUAAUUAAUCCAAUUAAGGUUUUUGUUGGCAGUGACUAUGGUAAAAAGUGAUUCAAAACCUACAGCUACUUCAUCUCUAGCUUUAAAUUCAUUGGGUACCCCCCUAGGCACCCCAAUGGCAUCUAUGUAAAUGUGGGGGUCAAAACUGCCUUUUACUGGGGUUUCGCGCCUUACUCUGGCUGAUGUAUGUGGAGGGUCGUAUGUGUCAUGAUGAUUAUCAGAAAUAAUAUGAAUGGGCAUGAUAACUUUGGCCAGGGUACACUCACCCCACCACUCAGUUUCCAGCCUAGAUCUUAACUGUAGAUCCCCACAUAACCAGUAAAUAUCCCCCAAUGACCUGGUAUGGUGUUGCAACAGGCGUAUAGGAACAGUUCUGUAAGUGGCGCAAUAACCUUUAGAAAAGUUACCCAUGAAUUUACCAAUCCCGUCAUACAUGGCAUAACAAGUGUAAUUACCUCUAUAGACUGUGACUCCAUCUGGUGGCUUAACAUUUUCAACUAAGAGAGGGUAUUCUGCCGUCCAUGCCAUGCAGAGGGACCUAUUAAAGUCAUAUUGGUAGGCAAAAAGGCUUAAGAAGCAAUCUUCUAUCUCUAAAGGGAGAGUUAGGGGGACGGUGCCAAGGUGGGGUCGGGCACCGCCACAUACAUAACAUGCUGUUUUAUUAUGUUUGUUAGCAUUAUACCUCAUCCAUUCUAACCACAAAUUAAUGUCAUUGAAUCCAGUUUCAGCGGCCAUGGUAUCUUCAAAAGUGGGGUUAGCGAUGACCAUCAUAUCUUUAAAGGACUGGAUAUGUGGUUUUAGCGGAUUUGGGACCAUAUGAUCAGCCCCUUGCCACUCUGGAGAGUGGUACAUAUCUCUGAGGUAGAAAUGACCUAAUUUGUUUUAGGAACCUUUCUUCCAAUACAUUCCCAUUACAUAUCGGUCUGCAUCCUCGGGGCCAGGAUGUUCAAUAUUUAACAUUAAUUUCAUAGGGGUACUUCCUCCAGGCUUUCUUAAAGUCAUUCUUUGAAGGAGGGAUCUACCCUGAUUGUCUAUCUUAGAUAAAGCACUUUUGGGUUUAUAACCCCAGGCAGGCCCAGUAUUCCAUCCCGCAGCCCCCCAGUAGUUACAGUCAUAACCCCAUUGUUCAUCUACUACACAAACGUAAGGGUCUUUUGCUUGUGGUAUAUCUUUAUAAAUGGCUUGAAUCUGUGACUUAGGGAAUGGGCACUCUACAAUAUCACAGUAAUCAAAAGUGAAUGUAGCCACAUGGGUACAUGAUGAAUUAUACCAGAAAGUGUACCCACUAGCAUCUUUGGUGAUGGCCACCUGCUGGGCUUUAAGGAGGCCAACUAAGGAGAUAAUGUACCAGAGGCACAUGGUUGCAUAGAGUUAGCUUCCUCUGGGGCAGGUGUCUUCUUGCAAUGGGAAGCGUGGAUCCAGUUAGGCCUUCCGGCCAAUUUGACAGAGGUAGGGGAGAUCAGGAGAACUUGGAACGGUCCGUCAAAUCUUGGUUCCAGGGUGUGUUUUCGCACAAAUUUCUUGACCAGAACCCAGUCACCGGGGAGCAGACUGUGGUUGCCUGUGUCAGAAUCAGGAUCUGGAAUUUUAGAGAAAACUUGGACAUGGAUUUUGUUCAAAGCAUUUGCGAGUUCAGUUACAUAAUCUACUAAAACAUCAGUUUGAAGUUGUAGUUGUUGGGGAAAAUAGCAACCUAGCCUAGGUGCAGUCCCAAAUAGAAUCUCAUAUGGGGACAGUGAGGUAGCAUUUUGUACAAGAGCAUUCAUUAGAUCCUUUGAUAAAUGUGCAGGUCCGUGUGCCCAUUGUACGACUGCUGGGUACAAAUUCUUAGGGAGGCAGAAAUUGAGGUUGUUGGAGUACACUCCAUCCUUCAGAACUGCCCCUUUCUGUUUCCACUUCUGUAUUUCUUCAGGGGCAACUGUAGCCUGUUGUUCCAGCAGGAUUUUCAGGUCAGUUGGAAGAGUCUGCAGAGUAAAUAUGGGAGUUUCUUCAUUUCCGGACACUCUUCUUUCCACUUCCUGUGGUUCUUUUGCAGCUUGUUUUGCAGCCUGAUCAGCUAGAUGGUUGCCCUUUGCUUCAUCUGAGUCCAACUUCCCAUGUGCUUUUAUCUUUAAAAUAGCCACUUCUUCUGGGAGUGGGAGGGCGUCCAUCAGCUCCUUGAUUGCGGAACCGUGCUUGACUGGUGUACCGGCGGUGGUAAGAAAUCCUCUUGUUUUCCAAAUUAAUCCGAAGUCGUGAGCCACGCCCAGUGCAUAUCUUGAAUCCGUGUAGAUAUUGGCGCGCUUUCCUUCAGAGAUCUUGCAUGCUGAAGUCAGGGCUUGCAAUUCAGCUUCUUGUGCAGACAUAGUUGAUGGUAAAGAUGAUGAUUUGACAAUUUCAUCUGUUGUGGUUACGGCAUAUCCUGUAUGGUAUCUUCCUUCUUCAUCAGCAUAUCUUGAGCCGUCCACAAACAGGGUGAGAUCGGGAUCUACCAAUAGGUCUUCAUGCACAGUUGGUAGAUGUGUUGUUUCCAUUUUCAUCUGUUCAAAACAGUCAUGAGGUGUAUCUGGGUCGUAUUCAUUUACUAUGGUUAAAUCUUGGAACUCAUUUUCCAGGAAAUGAUGUGGCCAUGCUUUUAGGUGGUCAGUUGUUGGAUAUUUGACAACACCAUUUUCCUGUAGCUGUGAUUCGUCUAUAGUGGCCCAUACUUUUGCCAUAGGCCCAAGAUCAUUCCAUGAUAUUGUUUUCAACUUGGUCACAGGGACAUGUGGAAUGGCAGUGUCCCAAUGACGGUACAAAUGCUUGAGUUCCGGAGGUAGAUGAAUCAAGACCAUACUGUUGCCUUCAGAAUCACAGUAGAAGUCUUGUGCAGUGAGUUUUACUUCGACCAGAUUAUAGAGUUCAUCUUCAUAGCAGGGUUCAGGAGUGAUGUUUGGUUUGUACCACAUGGUACAGAAGGCAUAUCCUGCUCCGUCAUGAAGGAGUGCUUGUCCAUCAUGAAAGGAUAGGUUGGGAUGCAUUUCCUUCUUGAUGGUGCCAGUGAGAAGAAAAACAUAAGUUUCGUCCAUGAUGAAUCCGUAGUAUACACCCCCCUCAGGGAGUGGCAGAAGAGUGGACGGAUUGAGAACUUGACAUCUUUGGAGGGUAAUGUUGUCAGGCAACAAAAGAUGACAUUGAAGGCGAAGAUGCCUAGCAGGAGUAACAUGCUUAAGUUGGACCUGGUUGACUAUGGCAGAAAUGUCAUGAGGGGCCAAGACAACCAGGGGGUGGCCAAGGACAAGAUCCCCAGUUCUUUCAAUGAGCUCUCUGGCAGCAAAGACGGCCCGAAGGCAAGAGGGACGUCCUCUGGCCACAAUAUCCAGUUGGCAGGAGAAAAAUCCAAUAGGCCUUUGGCGGCCUCCAGGACCAUGGGCCUGAGUGAGUACUCCUGUUGCAUGGCCUUGUCUUUCAGAAACAAACAGUUUGAAGGGUUUGGUAUAGUCUGGUAGGCCAAGAGCAGGAGCAGAAGCAAUAGCACUUUUGAGAGAACAGAAGUUGUCAAGGGCUUCUGUGGACAAGCAAAAUGGGUCUGACUUGAGAGCAUCAUAAAGAGGUUGCAUAAGGAGCGAGGCUUCUGGGAUCCAUGCUCGGCAAUAGGAAAUGAGGCCUAGGAAGGCGUGUAGUGACUUUGAGAUCCUUGGAGGUGGAAUGUCCAGUACUGCUCUAACUCGGUCACGAGUGAGAUGUCUGGUUCCCUGAGACAGACAAUGGCCAAGGAAGAUAACAGUAGAUUGGCAAUAUUGCAGCUUGGGACGUGAAGCUUUACAUCCUUGUUCUGCUAGGUAGCAAAGAAGAUUAAUUGAGCAUUGUUCUGUUGUGGGUAGAUCAUCUCCACAGUAAAAUGGGAAGGGAACAAAGAACUGUAGUGUCUUUUCGUGGCAAAGGCGUAUUUAAUUGAACCUGGCCGUCUGCAGUGAGGGUGAUGGAUGCUUGGAGGCAGGAUAGGACAUCAGCACCAACACAAGAGACAUCGGUGUCAGGCAGGAACGAUGAGUCAGGCAGGUCUUGUUCUCUAGGAACACUGCGGGAUGCACCUGUGUUAACCAGGAAACCAGGAAAGCAGUAGGGUGACCUUCAAUAGGUAAAGUUACAGUGGCUAGUGGCCCCCCUUGUUCCCUGUAGACACUGCCAUGGCAGGGGCAUUAAGCAUCAGCGGGUUUGCUCUCCUCUGUAUGGGCUGUGUUACUGACUCAAACCCCUUUCUAUGUCAUUAGCCAUAGCUUUUUGCAGUCUGAACAUGUCUAUCAUUAUAAAUAAUGGUUAAUAGUAAGUUAAGUAAAGUUCCUAUAUGUCUUUGGAUAAAACAUUAACUAUUGCGGUACUAUCAUUUAUAUUAAUUAGACUAUAACAAUUAUACCACCCUGUAACUAAGUAAACAACCAGUAGUGGCUGGGUUAAUAAAACAUGCCACAAACCCUUCUAAUGCUAAACCAUCAUUUAAAGUAAAGGAUGUUACUGUAAACCUACGAUCUGUAACUAGCAAGAUUCGAUUAAGCAAAGAUACAAUGUUUAAAAUAACUUGCAUUAUUUGGCUAUUUCCCUUGUUGCAAGAUUAAUCUGGAUAAUCAGCUGUUAUGCUCUUAUAUUCGUGUCCAACAGAUUUCAUAUGUAGGUCACACCACAUUUGCAAAUUACAUUUUAGCAACCUUCUUUUUUUUUUUUUUUAUAUCACGGACAAAUUGUUGAUACAGGGAAACAAAUGGCAUGAUUGUUUUAGUAAUUAUCUAAAUGGGGCGAGCAUAAUAGGGGUAGGCCUCAUGAUGGAGGCAGCCAUGACAGGGGCGGGGAAGGAAAUGACAGCAAGGGAGGAAGUGAGAUGACGUCCAUGAUAGGUGUGGGAAAGGAAGACAGGAGGUGUGGGCAUGGUAAGGGCGGAAGUGACGUUACUUUAGAAGCAACCGUGACUGUGGAUAGGUCACGGGACUGGCAGGCGCCAUCUUUAGGGUGGUGGUUGAUGUACUUUCAACCAUACACUAUAUUAAAACUAUUAAAAUAAGUCAGAGAAGCAACAUUCUGUUCUGCAAAAUGGAAUACUAAACUAUGAACAGACCUGGCAGGUUAAAUAAGACAGUUGAGAACAUUAUGCAUUUAACAGCCCAUACAGCUGUUUCUAGAAACAUGUACUUUAAAAUAACUUUAAAAUAAUAAAAUGAUGCAAAAUAAACUCGCGGAAUUCAACCAAAUUCCCUUAUCUUCCUCAAACCAUUAAUCACUUUCCUCCUCUUAUACUGACUUAACAACAUCGCAUAUUCCCUCUACACCUUCCUAAAUCCCGUAUUCAACACUGAAUGCAAUCUUGUGACCUCGUCACUCCCACAAUCCUCAGUACCUUAUACUCUUAUCAGUAGCUUCUGAAUAACUCUACAGAACACCGAAGAGACAGACCUAAAUCGCAAGCAUGUCACCACCCCCCUCCGCGCGUCUCACAGAAGCGAGGGGAGGGGGGGUGUUUUAGCAGAGGGGGAUUUGAGUGGAACAAGAGAGAGACUGCCUGCCAGCACGAAUUUAACCAUGUCAACGCUGUACAGUAACAAGACAGAAGGACAAUUACAUUACAAAGCAAAGAGACACAAAAACACAACAUUUCAUUUAUACCCCCACCCUCUACCAGGGUAAUGGCUAACACAAAAUACAAAAACCCCACAGCGUUUUAAGAUUGGGGUGGGAUGGUGACCAUGGUCAGCUACAUUUCGGUCAUUACUGACAGGAUGAUGGAAGUGGUCACCUCCUGGACAGGGCACUGGCUGGGAUAACUUCCCAGUAACACAAUUAUUAUGAUAUACAUACAAUCUUAAACCUUUGUGAUCAAUAUCUUCCUCAACCUAUCCCUUUUGCUGAAUAGCUCUUGCUACUCGGUACCAGGCUUCUGCUGUACAAACCAAAUCUUGGUCCGACAGCUUCUCUUUCUUCUCUGUCAGUAACUUACGCCAGCUCUCUGGCUACAAUCUGCCGCACAGAGGUACGGUAAUUCCACAUACUUUAGCAAUCUUCCUCACUUUCUUAACCAUCUCUUCUCCUUCUCUGUCUUCCACUAGAUCACAUGCUAACCAACCCUUACUGGGUUUAUCUAACUUCUGUCCCAUCCUCCCUAUACAAGGCGUCCCAGAUAUAGAGAGAGAAAGGAACAGAACGUCUACCGUGCUCGACUGCUACUUUAAGAGCAAGCUCUUUAAGUACGUCUUCCCAAAACGUAGACUAGUCACUGAUUCCGCCUACCCGUGGUAGCCGCGGAUUGGAGCGUGGCGAGAAGUGUGUGACCAAUCACUUCUCUCAACAAAGAGAAAUAGGAGGGGAAAGUGUAAAUAGUACAGUGAGUAAGAUAAAAGUAAACACAGGAAUCUGUGUGACAGACAAUUAAGACAAUAACAUUUCAGUGUAAAUACAGUGCAUGCAUCACAGUUCAAAUAAGUUCAACAGUUUUAUCCCUUGCCUUUACUCGUGUGGCCAAAAGCCACCUCCCUCAACCUCGUAGUGUCCCUGUUGCGGACCCACCCGCAAGUCUCACUACCAGCAGCCACAGGAAACAGCAACAGCUUCCAACCCGAAUCCUGUAUAGCCUAAAGAAUUGGAAUCUUACCUGUCUCAGCGCUUGAGACUGGAAUUUUACCAAGAAGAAGUGUCUGAUGAGGCUAGCUAAGCGGUCAAAAUGACACUCUGGGGAUCCCCAGGAAGCAGUGAGUCUACUGCCCUCCACAGAUCCCCCCUACUCUUUUUCCUUACAGCCACAGCCACGUGGCUCCUAAAAGAGUUAAACAGGCAAUAGAGGACCCCCAGGAAAACUUCCACAGGUCCACCCCCCUUUUUCCUUACUACCACAGGCAUGUGGUACCUAAAAGGGGUUAAACAGGCACUUACACUCCCCGGGUACUAAGUUAAACACAUACCAAUACAAACACACCCAGGCAACAGAUAGUCAACAUGCAGGUAAACUAGGUAUCAUUAACAAUACAAAGACUCUGGGCAAGUUAUUACCUGACUUUGAUGUCCUCUCGGCAGCAGUCACAGACACUGGGGCAGGUCAAUCACAGGGGUAGGAACAUACCGGCUAGGUGCUGCAGCAAUCUCUACCGUGUAUUCAGAGGUGAUCAGGCUCUUUUCCUUCCCCCAGGAUUCAGCCCCCCCAGCGUCUUCUUGGACAGCUGCCCAGACUGGACAUAGCCCAGAGCCCCACGUUGAGAGCGCCAAUUGUUCUAGAUGAUUUACUGCAAACCAAUUAGUUUGAAUGACUAUCUGUUCCUGUCCAAAUUAAAGAUAAUAAAGUUGCGUGCACGCAGAAGUAAAUUCACACUGAGACACAAGGUUCAGGGUAAUGAAAGAACUUCAGAGAAGUUUAAUGGCUUCUGACAGAAAAUGGGUGCGCAGACCCUUAUAAAGGCAUUAUUACAUCAUUGAAGAAAAUCAAGAUAUAGACAAAUAGACAUUGUUAAUUGGCUUAGGUGCUAAGAUGUUAGUAAAAUGCCCUCCCCAUUCUUAGGUCACUAUCUACGUAAUUUCUUAACUCCUACAGGUUUUAGCGCCAUCUUGUUAAAAUGAGGAGCUCACUCGACGGGAGGGGCCUUUUGGCAGCUAUCCAUUUGGAGCGUAGCUGGCACUUGUUAGUUUCUCAAGGUUAAGUUUCAAGGAUUUUAGUAAAUACACAUUUUAUCAAAGCUAUUUCUUGCUGACAUGCAAAUUCUAUGUUCUAUAGACAAAGCUUCCUUGUAAAACUAUGGGGGCCUCUUAGAGGUAUAGCAAGAGGAUUUAAAGGGGCCUUACAAAUUUAUAGAGGCCUAAUAAUUCUACAACAACUCCAAUGGCCAUUGGAGGGAAGGCCCGCCUGCCAACGUCAAGACAGACCCCCUAAGCGAGUCCUACACUGACCCUUCCUUCACCUUGCUUCCUUGAGCUGCUGGCAAAGAUAUCUCUAAUGAGACAGAGAGGGGUAUUUUUUAUAUACACCACUAUAUACUUAUUAACCCUUAAUAGGGAACACAUGGGAUGGGCAGCAGCAUUGUAACAAAGCUGUGUGAUUCAAAAAGUGAAUACAAAUACAGAAAGAUAAGUCCUGCGCUCACUUCCAUCACUCCUGGGCGGCAGCAAUGACUACAGUACACAUGAGCCCCAAUAUAUAUAGUGAAAACUAAAGAAAAACAAGUUACCAGCGCUCUCUGUGUUCAUAAAAUGCUAUGUGAGGAUCUCCAGCGUUGCCGAAAUCCCCACUGGAAAGCAUUGAAUAAUGCUUUCCUAUGGGGAGGUCUAAAGCGUGCACGGCCAUUGCCGCGCAUGCGCACUAGGUCCCCGCCCUCCACCGGCUGACGACGGAGGAGAGUAGGCAGAGCCUGACCCAGUGCCGAGGGACAUCAGCGCUGGACUCCGGUAAGUCACUGAAGGGGUUUUAACCCCUUCAGCAAGUUGGGAUGGGGGGUGGGAGGGAGAGGGGCACUCCAGGGUCCUGCAGUGCCAGGAAAACAUUGUUUUCCUGGCACUGGAGAAUCCCUUUAAAACGGGAGGCAAGUGGCACUCAGACCACAUCAUUGAGAUGAAAUGGCCAAUGGACGUGUUCCUUUAAGAAAUAUACAGCAGCUUCAGAUUCCUUUUAUUGGUAAAUAAUUUGUAGUAGGAGUAAGCAACCUUCUGCACUCCAGAUAUUGUGAAAUACAUCUCCCAUGAUGGUUUGCCAGCAUCAUGGCUGUAAGCAUUAUGGGACAUGAAGUCCACACCAUCUGGAGUGCAGAAGGAUGUAUAUUCCUGUACUGGUUUAUAGUAUGCAAACCUUACUAUGCAACCCUUCGCUCACAUGGUUCACUUAUCAAAAACACUAACCAAAACAUUUAUUUGUUUGUUACUGUUUGUCAUAUUAAGUCUUUUUGUUUUGUUUUUGUUAAAGGGACACUAUAGUCACCAGAACAGCUACAGCUUAUUAUGGUGAGCAGAAUCAUUCCCUUCAGGCUUUGUGCAGUAAACACUGUGUUUUCAUAGAAAAUACAUUGUUUACAUAACAGACAAAGGAUACCUCCACUGGCCACUCCUCAGAUGUUACUAGAGGUGCAUCCUGGGCCAUUCAGUGUCUGCACCCUCUGCAUGAAGACACUGAGCUUUCCUCAUAGAAAUGCACUGAUUCACUGUAUCUCUAUGAGGAGAUGCUGAUUGGCCAGGGCUGUGUUUGGCUUGUGUGUGAUCUGCCUCCAUGACAGUCUCAGCCAAUCCUAUGGAAAAGCAGUGUGAUUGUUUUAGAGAUUCACUUCUGAUGAUGUUAGCCAAGCAGGCAGAUUAGAGACAGACACAUCAUCUGCAGACUGGAAUACAAGUAAGAUUUUACUAUAUUUAGGGGGCAGGUGGGCUAGAUGGGGGUUUUAACACUCUAGGGUGAUGCAUAAAUGUUUGUGUUCCAGACUCUCUAUAGUGUUCCUUUAAUGUAUCCAUUAUUCGUUGCAUCCAGGUUUUGUCAGGCCUGUGUGAUUAUUAUUAUUUUUAAAUAUAAUACUGUUUUUUUUUUUUUUUAUUCUUAUUUUUUUUAUAAUCCACUCUGUGGGAUGAUAUUGACAUUGUUACCCCUUUUUAAGACUUGUCACCUCAACAGGGACUGUUUUAUGGUGUAUGUGUAUCGGUUUGUAUACUUUUUUCUGCUGAUUUUUAACAAAAAAAGAUGCAAUUAGUUAGCUUGUGCUUUUGUUGCUGGCGCUAUAAUUCAAAACCAACUCUUUUAGUUUAUUGGUUAUUGAAAUAAAAAUAACUGUUUCAUUUUAGGUUCCUAACAAGUAUGGAAGAAGGAUGUGACAAAAAUGAUCGUCCAACUUCUAGCAGUCAAUACCCCAAAGAGAAGCUCCGUAAACGGCAGAAUUCUUCACACAGUUCUAGAAGCAGCGAUUCUUCCAGAUCAUCAAGGAAGAGCUUUAAGUUGGAUCUUCGACUAGAGGAGGAUGUAACUAAGUCUAGAAGAGACAAGAACGGUAGAUUCGUAAACCCUUGGCCUACUUGGAAGUCACCUGCCUUUCUGAGUGCACUAAAAUGGGCCAUGACAGAGAAGGAUAACAGCAAUGUUCCAAGCUCAAAGGAGGUAAAUCCUAUUCUAAAUAUCCUUUUCCGAUUAACAUGACUUACCAUAACAUUUAUUUAGGCAAUUCUAGGUCAUGUGUUAAGGAACACUAUAUAUAUGAUAAGGAAUACAAAAGUGUUUUCCUGACCCUAUAGUGUUAAAAUCACUGUUUAGCCUCUCAUUUCCCUCCUUAAAUACGAUAAAAACUCUUAUUUCCAAUGUGGCGCAGGUCUGCCAACACUGGCUCCGCCCUGGAUCCACCUCCUUGGCUGAUAUCAUAAGAAUUGAUGAUCUCUGCCAGUUACAAUUCUUUUCCAUAGGAUGAUCUCGGCCAAGGAGGUGGGGUAUGGGCGUAGCCAAAUGCCAUCCUAGCCAAUCAGCGUUUACAACAAAAAGUUUGCAGGAACAGGCUAAAGAAACAGCGCACACACAAACAAAAAUACAGUUUUACAUUUAACAAGGCUACUUAAAAUCACCUAUGUUAGCAAAUAAAGAGAGAGUGAGAGUAUUUCCAUCCUUGUCUUUUUUUAAAGAAAAUGUGUUUCUUUUUACAGGAGCUUGACAAAGAACUUCCAAUACUUGAACCUUAUUUUGUUAAUCACAUGGAGCUUGCUGGAAAGACAGAAAAUGGAUUACGGAUUACUUGGUUGGGUCAUGCAUCUGUUAUGGUGGAAAUGGAUGAAUUGAUAUUUCUUACUGAUCCCAUAUUUAGUCAGCGAGCAUCUCCUCUCAGCUUUGCAGGCCCAAAGCGAUUUCGUGGGCCACCAUGCACUGUAGAGCAGCUUCCAAAGAUUGAUGCUGUUGUAAUCAGCCACAAUCAUUAUGACCAUCUGGACUAUAAAACAGUACUAAGUCUCAAUGCCCGCUUUGGCACAGAACUAAGGUGGUUUGUUCCGUUGGGCCUCCUGAGCUGGAUGCAGAGUUGUGGCUGUGAGAAUGUUAUUGAGUUAGAUUGGUGGGAGCAGAACUGUGUACCUAGACAUGAUGAGGUGACUUUUGUUUUUACUCCUGCUCAGCACUGGUGCAAAAGGGGAGCUUUUGAUGACAACAAGGUUCUGUGGGGAAGCUGGUCUGUCCUGGGACCUACAAAUCGAUUCUUUUUUGCAGGAGACACUGGUUAUUGUGGUGCUUUUGAAGAAAUUGGAAAGCGAUUUGGGCCUUUUGAUGUUGCUGCUAUUCCCAUUGGAGCUUAUGAGCCCAGGUAUGUGUAUGUGCUAAAUAAUGGCACUUGACAGUAUGUAUCACUUUGUCACCGCCACAGUGCCAUUUUUAAAAUGAGCUAAUUCACUUGCACCAUGUAGAAGUGGUUAUAAAGCAUAAAGGAAUUUACUGUGAUGUGCACAUAGGUCAGAUUAUUUCACAUUGUUGUAACAUAGUGAAUUUAAAUGCUUGCAUCUUUGCUAUGAGACAAUGUGAUUAGCUGGAACAGCACAGCCAAUGGUCCUGGAAUAUUAGAACUGUACAGCUACAAAGACAUUUUUUUUCACACACAUUUGGGCUUCCAUGACUUACUACUUUUGCAUGGCCAUUUUGUCCAAUGUGUUGCUCUUUGGUGUUUUGUUUUUAGUGUGACAAAGUAUUUCACUAUCAUACUAUGGGUAACACAGAUUCUAAGGGGUGAGCAGCAUUGACAUACCUACUUGUGCCAAUAAUGGGUAAAGGGUGGUUUACUGGAAGCCAAUCUCCAUUCUAGUGGCUCUGUCACUUCUGAGUAUUGCAUUAACAUAUAAUCUUGCAACUAUUGGCUGUGGGGAUUGGGCUUUGCCUCACUUAUCGCAUGACGUGAUCUAUGGAGGCUCCCAUUAUCUUGUGAGAUCCUCAAUGUUGUACUCUCACAGCUCCUGGCAGUUUGAAGGAGAACUGUCCCUUCUCUAAAAUCUACCAUUGAGUAAAAUCUCGGAAAUCUCUGACAACCUAUGCUAACCAUUUUUCUUUUUUUAAAUCUUUAUUUUUGACGGACAGGUUAGUACAUAACUCACAGUGUACAAACAAGGUCCAGUAUAUCAAAAACCAGUUACAUUAACAAUAGUGCAUAUUUCAAGGAUCAACAUUGUAGCAAACAAAGUUUUACUGUAAUUAACGCAUUCUCAGACGACUUACGCUUACAAGCACAAACCCCGUCAGGAUUUUAUAUAUAUAUAUAUAUAUAUAUAUAUACACAAUAUAUAUAACAGAAAUCGUUUGGGUAAUGUAGCCAGAUAAAUCUCCCAGCAGCGCCUUCAUUAGAUUGCACAUCGGUAGUAGGACAGAUUCAGCUAGGGCAUACCUGGAUUAUGCUAACCAAUUUUUAUUGGUUUCAGACGCUUCAUUCCCAUUUUUUUUAAAUUUACAUUAACAAUCUAAUUCUCUCAAGACAAACCAAGGCAGACUUUGCAAAUGAGAAGAAACAGAAACAUUGUUUAAUUUCGCCGUUGGUACACUUACUUUAUGUAGACUACAGGGGUAUUAUUAGCAGUGUAGCAUAAUGAUCGGUUUACCUGACAAUGAAAUGCUUCCCUCUAGUGGUCACUGGUUAUGCGUCAAUUUAAAUAUUUGUAGUAUUGAGAAAAACAUGCACUUUCCAUUUUAUGUAGAUGUUUUAUAAAAAAAAUAAAAACAACUGAGCAACCCAACAAGUUUUUAAGUUUUUAACCUUAAUUUGAGAUUCUGGAGAUAUAUAAUAAUUUUUUUUUUGUGGUCUAGGAAUGGGGUUGUAAAGUGUUGCAAAUUUAACAAUACAGUUGUUGAAUUAAUAAAAUCUAUAUUUUGGCCUACAUUUUGCAACUCUGAUGUUGCUUUGCCACAGUUCCCUGUUUUUUUGGAUAAACUCCUUAAUUCUCUUCAUUAUUUAAACCAUUUUAUUAAGCAUCAUGAAGACAUUUGUAUAUUGAAUUGCACCUUAAUUGAGAAUAUUGUCAGUAGCACUCACGGUCUUCCAUAAAAUCCAGUCUUUAUUGGGUAAUAUUAAAAAGGAUCAACGUUUCAGUCCUAAUCAAGGACUAUUUAACAAGAAAUGUGUUAUGGGCAUCGUGGAGGGAUUGGAUGAGCAGCAGCCUUCACUACACUCCAAGUGUACUAAUUCCUGCACAUAGGCAAUAUUCCAAUCUGAAAUGGUUCAGUGCACAUACAGAUUUAUAUUUACUUUUUGAGCAAUUGAUGAUUCUUAACAAGCUUUUUCACUGAAGUGUUACGUUUAAGGAAUCCAAACUGAAUUUCAAAUUGCAGGUCAAAAUAUCCAAACAGAAAAUAUUUUGGCCUAAAAUCUGAAAUUCACUUUAAAUGUACACUGGAUUCCUGGAAAUUAACACUUUUUGGUUUUGAUGUGGAAUCAAUCAAUAAAUUGAUUAUCUUGCUUAGCUGCCCCUGGCCAAAUGAAAGAAGUAAUGCGUGCACGCUCCUGAAGUAAUUCACACCAGUCAUAGGUUUCGGUUUAAUGAAAAACUUGAGGAAUGUUUAUUCUGAGGGGACGGCAUGUCCCUUAUAAAGCAAAAUUACAUUAUAAGCAUUGUCAGAGAUAACAUGGAAUAAUACAUCAAUAAUUAGUUAGGUGUUAAGUGGUUCAUUUAAUGCUCUUCCUACCGGGUGUGAUGUCACUGGUAUCUUGGAGGUCUCCCCCAGAUUCCAGCGCCAUCUUGUUAAUGAGGGUGUUAGUCGAUGUCAAAGGGAGACUCCCUAGCGGCCAUUUUAGGUAAAUCAUAUAGAAAGUUGAACAAUGCUGAUUGUAGUUAUACAGGGAGUGCAGAAUUAUUAGGCAAGUUGUAUUUUUGAGGAUUAAUUUUAUUAUUGAACAACAACCAUGUUCUCAAUGAACCCAAAAAACUCAUUAAUAUCAAAGCUGAAUAUUUUUGGAAGUAGUUUUUAGUUUGUUUUUAGUUUUAGCUAUGUUAGGGGGAUAUCUGUGUGUGCAGGUGACUAUUACUGUGCAUAAUUAUUAGGCAACUUAACAAAAAACAAAUAUAUACCCAUUUCAAUUAUUUAUUAUUACCAGUGAAACCAAUAUAACAUCUCAACAUUCACAAAUAUACAUUUCUGACAUUCAAAAACAAAACAAAAACAAAUCAGUGACCAAUAUAGCCACCUUUCUUUGCAAGGACACUCAAAAGCCUGCCAUCCAUGGAUUCUGUCAGUGUUUUGAUCUGUUCACCAUCAACAUUGCGUGCAGCAGCAACCACAGCCUCCCAGACACUGUUCAGAGAGGUGUACUGUUUUCCCUCCUUGUAAAUCUCACAUUUGAUGAUGGACCACAGGUUCUCAAUGGGGUUCAGAUCAGGUGAACAAGGAGGCCAUGUCAUUAGAUUUUCUUCUUUUAUACCCUUUCUUGCCAGCCACGCUGUGGAGUACUUGGACGCGUGUGAUGGAGCAUUGUCCUGCAUGAAAAUCAUGUUUUUCUUGAAGGAUGCAGACUUCUUCCUGUACCACUGCUUGAAGAAGGUGUCUUCCAGGAACUGGCAGUAGGACUGGGAGUUGAGCUUGACUCCAUCCUCAACCCGAAAAGGCCCCACAAGCUCAUCUUUGAUGAUACCAGCCCAAACCAGUACUCCACCUCCACCUUGCUGGCGUCUGAGUCGGACUGGAGCUCUCUGCCCUUUACCAAUCCAGCCACGGGCCCAUCCAUCUGGCCCAUCAAGACUCACUCUCAUUUCAUCAGUCCAUAAAACCUUAGAAAAAUCAGUCUUGAGAUAUUUCUUGGCCCAGUCUUGACGUUUCAGCUUCUGUGUCUUGUUCAGUGGUGGUCAUCUUUCAGCCUUUCUUACCUUGGCCAUGUCUCUGAGUAUUGCACACCUUGUGCUUUUGGGCACUCCAGUGAUGUUGCAGCUCUGAAAUAUGGCCAAACUGGUGGCAAGUGGCAUCGUGGCAGCUGCACGCUUGACUUUUCUCAGUUCAUGGGCAGUUAUUUUGCGCCUUGGUUUUUCCACACGCUUCUUGCGACCCUGUUGACUAUUUUGAAUGAAACGCUUGAUUGUUCGAUGAUCACGCUUCAGAAGCUUUGCAAUUUUAAGAGUGCUGCAUCCCUCUGCAAGAUAUCUCACUAUUUUUGACUUUUCUGAGCCUGUCAAGUCCUUCUUUUGACCCAUUUUGCCAAAGGAAAGGAAGUUGCCUAAUAAUUAUGCACACCUGAUAUAGGGUGUUGAUGUCAUUAGACCACACCCCUUCUCAUUACAGAGAUGCACAUCACCUAAUAUGCUUAAUUGGUAGUAGGCUUUCGAGCCUAUACAGCUUGGAGUAAGACAACAUGCAUAAAGAGGAUGAUGUGGUCAAAAUACUCAUUUGCCUAAUAAUUCUGCACUCCCUGUACUGAGUAAAUAGGCAUUUUACCAACAUGGAUUGGGUUAAUAUUCUUGUCCACAACAGGUUUACUCACGAGCUGCAUUAUAAACUGCUGUAAUUUUGUUUUCUAAAAUAGUCUCAGUAAAAAGUAUUUUUCAUAACAAAUCUUAAAUUCUGUUUUAUUAGGUGGUUCAUGAAAUCUCAGCAUGUAGAUCCAGAGGAUGCUGUGCGAAUUCAUGUUGAUGUCCGUGCAAAGAAAUCACUUGGCAUACACUGGGGAACCUUUGCAUUAGCUAAUGAAGUAUGUUGCAUCUAUGCUCUUUUGUGUGUCAAAAUACAAUUUUUUAUUUUUUUAUUUUUUUGCGAGUGAUUGAAUACAUUGCAAACGUGAGAGACCUACUGCAAGUUAGGGAGAGGGGCAGUGUAUUCAUUUUGGGAGGGAGGGCAGUGUAUUUGAGUGGUGGGAGGGGGCAGUGUGUUAGAUUUGGCGGGGGCAGUGUAUUCAGUUGGUGGAGUGAUGGGGGACAGGGUGUUGAAUUGGGCGGCAAUGUAUUGGAUUUGUGGGCAGUGUAUUAGAUUGGAUCUGCAUGGAUGUCCUAAUUGGCCUCGCAGCAUUUUUGCCAUACAUGCACAAUAGCCUCCUAUUGCUUUCCUAUCAUCAUGUUUGAUCUCGGCCAAAGUGAAGAACACAAUUAUAGGCUUUAAAAUCAACAAGAUAACAGAAUUUGUUUUUACAGCUGUGCAACAGCAUACAUUCACCAUUUCAGUCCCAUUACCAAACAUUUCUUAAUAUGUCAAGGUAGUUGAACUGAAACAUUGGUUAUAUGCAAAUGCACGUCUCCUUACAAUAAAUUUGCUCUUUUGUUUAUUUUGAAGCCUUAUAAGCAUGAGGACAUCCAGUGUCAGUUAGGCAUUUUAUUUUUAUUUUUUAAUGCUGUACUGUUCGAAAUAAACCUAUGUCUCUAUGAAAACUGAAGUUUUUGUUUUUUUGCAGCCCACAUAAACUUAAACCUUGGUUAUUUGGCCAGUAUUAGCAUUUGAGUUUGGCAUGCUUGUAUUACACCCACUUUAAAGGACCACUAUAGUGCCAGGAAAACAAACUAGUUUUCCUGGCACUAUAGUGUUAAUAGGUCCCCCCCACCUUCAUGGCCUCCCCUCCCGCCGGGCUCUAGGGGGAGGAAGGGGUAAAGGCUUACCUUUCUCCAGUGCUGGGCUCUCCUCCCUCUUCCGCCAAAUGCGCAUGCGCGACAAGAGCCGCACGCGCAUUCAGUCAGUCCAUAGGAAAGCAUUCUCAAUGUGAAAAUCACAGUGAGAAGCGCGGAAGCGUCUCUAGUGGCUGUCAAUGAAACAGCCACUAGAGGCUGGAUUAACCCUAAUGUAAACAUAGCAGUUUCUCUGAAACUGAUAUGGUUACAGCAGGCAGGGUUAACCCUAGAUGGACCUGGCACCCAGACCACUUCAUUGAGCUGAAGUGGUCUGGGUGCCUAUAGUGGUCCUUUAAGUACUGCAAUUUAUGUUUUGAAAUUCCACCUUCCACCUUUGGAAUGUUGAGAGAAAAGAUUUGCAACUACUUCACGUUUAUUUGAAAAAAAGGGAAGAAUUAAUUAAGUGUAUUUACUUGAAAUGAACAUUUUCAACUUGUUUUGUAAAAGGAGUAUAUUCAGUUGUGUUGGCUUUUGUAUUACGGAAAAUAUAUUUAUACUUACCAUGAUUUUCUAUUCCUGGGUAGAUCCACAGCAGCAUAACUAUAAUGGGCAGCUCCUCCAUUCCUGACUGGAAAAAGAACAAAAAUUAUUAAACCAAACUACCUACCUUUUGGUCACCAAUCUAGUAACAAAGUCGCAUGUGCCAGGGGUAUAUCUAGCCUCCCAUCACAAAAGUGUGUGUAAGACAUUCUUUAUAAAAUUAUCACAAAGGCACACUCCUAUACCAGUGCAGUGAAAAAAUAUAAUUAUAAACACAGCCCUUAAUGCUUUUUGUUUUGAAGGUGAAGUCUGGGAGGCACGGACAUCAAGGAAGCAAUAUCUCAUAAAUGUGUUGAUGGCCGGGUUACAGCUCUAGAAAUAUUUUCUACUGUAAUGUUCACUGCAGGUGCCCAGUUGAUGGGAGAACCCUAGAUGAAUGGGCUUUGAUGCCUUUUGGGGUAUUUGGUUUUACAGGCUUCAGAAAUCCACCUCCUCAACGCCCCUAUCAAGGCCAUUUAAUUUUAGAGUAUUGGUCGGAGGGCGAAAGAGAAAGCAACUGUUGAAUUGUGGACCAUGAAGGUAUUCUAGUCAGUAUGCAAUAUUGAGGAUAUUAUGGUCUGGUUGAUCUAAAUCUUGGUAUCCUGAGAGUGAUGAAGACAGGCCCCCAUCUUGAGAUCCUUGUCUGGGGUACCUUUAGAAAUUCCUUGAAAGGAUCCAGAUUUUCUAUUGGUGCCUCUCAUCUGACCACUUCUCCAUGUGUGAGAUCUGUUAAAUUCUCAUGCGUGGUGCUAUUGUUGCUGAAUGGAAAAAAAGUCAGGAGGGACCCAAAGAAUGUGUUACAAAAAACAGACAAUAUUUGUUGUUUCUUCAAGUUGGGUUUCCAAAAAGUAAAUCUCCUUUAACAAAGUUGUUUUCAUAGCACUAUGGUGAUCUAUAAUGCCCCCCUCCCAUGUAUUAUUUUUUUUUUUCCAUUGGGUGUAUAUCUAAAAAUUGCUUACAAAAACCUGCAAGUUCUCUUGUCUGUAGCCUUUGCCAAACCCUCACCUUCUAACCCCUCCCAGACCUUCUGUGGCUGUCCAAUCACAGACUUCGCAGUACAGCUCAUUGAGACAUCUUUGCGGGGUGUUCUGAGUAAUUGCUUGCCACUUGAGUUGGCUCACUUGAGCUAACCGAAUCAGGAAGUAACAGGACCUGUUGUCUGGUUGAAAGCCAAGGGGGUUGUAACCAGGUUAAUUAAAAUAUGUCAAUUUCUAUCGAAAUCUGCACUUUUUUGCAACAUGGAAAAAACAGGACACAGUCUUCACACAUAAAGCAUUCCAGCAAGCUAAAGUGCUUUAGGAGUCUGUAGUGUCCUUUUCUUUAUGUUUGAAGUGCAGAUUUAAGUACUUGCUUCAAUGUAGACACAUAAGAUGAGGCAUGAUAAAAAUAAGUAAAUAUUAAAAGUCAGGAUAUGCUGCGUUUUUGUUAAUGCAAAAAAAAGAAAGAUAAUGAUACAUGAAGAAACAAACCUGGCAUCAUACUUGGUAACAGGAGAGAGAGACAUGGUAUCUUAGUCAGGCAAGUGACUUUUUAUGUGCACUAUUAACCAUAUCACCAGGGUCCAUUCCUUAUAGGUGCUUCCUGGAAGAGAGUGGGUAAACUCUCCCAGGGAAAAUUAAUGUAGAUAUGUGAACCUGCGUUAGGUAGGUAGAUAGAUAAUAUGUAACUGUCCAGCAUCCAUGAGGACUAGAAAAGUCCUGGUGACUGUCUGUAAGUAUCAUUUUUUUAUAAUCUUUGUUCUAUUUUCUGUCCUGUUAGCCAAUAUUGGCAAAGCUGCCCAUUAGUGAUGCUUCCAUGGAUUGAUGUGGAAAUAUAUAGAGUAAAAAAAAAAGUGUGGUGGUGUGGGGGGGAUCCUUUUUUGAGGGUAGGUGCAUUCUGUGUAUAUGAUGUUUAGAUAAUUGCUUUAACAAGAUGCGGUGUUGAAUUGUGGCAUGCAUGAUAGAAAUGGUCCUAUGGGUCUGGGGGAGUCUGGCGCAUGCAGACUAUAAAACUGUGGCUUGGCCCCAAAUACCAUUGGCAGUGAGGCCUGGCCAUGCCUGUUGCGUACUAGAAGAUCUUGGCAUCAGUACUCACCAUUACAGAUACAUAAAGUGGCAACGUGGUGAUCUACUUGUACGCAGCAGGGCUAACUGGAAGAGAAGCUGCCUGGCUGGUAUUCUGAAUCUCCUAAACAGACUAAUGAUUUGUCUUAUGUUUUUGUUUUUUUGUUUGUUUUUUUAUAGUUCUACUUGGAUCCUCCAGUUAAGCUGAGCGAAGCUCUCCACCAAUAUGGACUGAACCCAGAUGAUUUCUUUGUUCUAAAUCAUGGAGAAUCCAGAGAGUUUAAUAUAGAGAACAGUGAUAAAUGUGAAUGAUUGUGAUGAUGUGAGUGUUUGAUAAUGAAUAUAGGGUUUGGGAUGUUGAGAGAAAAGAUUUGCAACUACUUCACAUAUAUUUGAAAAAAAAGGGAAGAAUUAAUUAAGUGUAUUUACUUGAAAUGAACAUUUUCAACUUGUUUUGUAAAAUUGUAUAAUUAAGGUAUAAGUCUUCCAGAAUGUGUGUGUUGUAAAACACAUAACUUUAUUCACCUUGCUUGCUAAGUAGGUGAUAACAAAACACCUCUUAAAACAAAGUGUGCCUUUUUUAGAAGACUGCUGUCAAACUCACCUGCCACGCUGUUGGUUUGCAUAUCCUCAGCGCAUUUUACAUUUGCCAUGCUGACUAACUUAUGUAUAUACACUGUCAGGAAUUCAAAGUAAAUUUAAGGCCAAAAUAGCUAAAUUUUAUUAAUUCUCAAACUCCCGACAUUUUUCAUUUUUGUUAAUAACCCUAAAUAUGUUUUAUUAUUCACAUAAAAUACAAACAGGUAGGAUUGUGAGUUUUAUAGAAUGACAAAGAGAUGCAAAGUUUAUUUAGUAAAUCAGGUAUUGUGGAGACUCGAACUGGGAAAAAAAGUGUGUGUUGACAGUUUUGUUUUUUGUUUUGUUUUCUGACGGUUGUUUUGUUUGCCAGAAUUGACCAGAGAAUUGCCAAUAUUAAGCGAGGGUAGUAAUAUUUGACAAAUUUGUCAAUUUUGCUAUUUUGACCAAGUGUCUGUAAUUAAAUUGUCAGUUCUCCUUAAUUACAUGUCUAGUGAAUAAAUAUGUGAGAUUAAUUUUAUGUAUUGAUUUUAAAUUCUUGAGAUAUAGAAAAGUUUGAAAGCAAUUAUGCAUUUGAAGAGUGGCUAAAGUUAUCUUAUCUGCAUUUUUAUUUUUAAUAAACGUUCUGAAAUGGAAGAAGAGAACAUUUUACUAAUUGGAGAUAAAGACACACCGAGGGAUACAUGAUCACAUUUGUUAUCAAAGUAUAUAUUACAUUACAUGAUUAAUAAAAUACAGAAAAUGUGUAAUAUACAUUAAAUAUCUGGUUUGUUGUGUAGUUUCCCAACAGAUAUGAAUUGGAUCUUGAAUGAAAAGGCACUAUCAUGUUUUGUGUAUAAAGAUAUCACCACUUGUGUUUUUUUUUUGUCCUCUAUCCAUAAUGUGUGUAGUUUGCCUUUCUGUGGGAUUCUUUUUACUGAUGUCUUGUGGGUAAACUAGCUUAGCAACUGAAAUACGUUUGCUUAAAGAAACACUACACUGCCUGAAUAAAAAACAACAUUGUUUAGUAGAUAUACCCUAAAUGAAAACAUGCAUGCAUUUAAUUAUAAAAAAUUUUUUCCAAUGGAGGUAUAUCUAAAAACAACUUGCAAAAGCUGCUGCCUUUGCAAACCAUUCCCUUCUUUCCAAGCCCAUACUUUCUGGUUCUGUCCAAUCACAGACUUUCCAAAGCAGCCCAAUGAGAAGUCUUUGCAAGGCAGGUGCUCUAAGCAAUUGCUGCCUCUUGAGUUAAGCUCCACCAAGCUAACCAAGCCAGGAAGUAACAGGACUGGCUGCCUAUUUUGACAGCCUGGGGGCUGUUAUAAGUUUAGUUUAUAACAUUGCCAAGAGCUAUUAAAAUCUGCACUUUUUUAAAAUGAAAAAAAUAAAUAAAGAGGACACAUUGUUCACACAAAGCAUUACAGCAAGCUCAAGUGCUUAUGGGCAUUGGAGUCUCCCUUUAAACUCCACCUGUUGCCAAAGAUCACACUCCCCAUGUGAAAAAGUAAAUUUUCUUAUGUAUAACUAAAGAGAAUUUAAAUAACUAAAAUCAAGGGGUAAACAACUUGAUUAAUUUAAAAACCUACAAUGACAGUGCCUCUUCAAUCAUGAAGUCAUGUUCAUAUCUUAGCAAAUCAAGGCAGGCAUGAGCAUACAGGCAACAAAAUCAAUGUACAAUUAUGUAUGUUUCCUAAUGCAAUGAAAGAAGUAGAAAUAGGUGAAAUUUAAAUUUUCAUUGUGUUUACAAAUGCAAGCCUGUAAUACAAUACUUAAAAGUUUGUCUACUGCAUACAAAUGAACAUUUAGCAAAGUGUUCUAAAGAGUGUCUCUUUUUUUUGGUAAGAGUUUUAAACCUGUUCAAAUUUUCCAAUUUAAUAAAGUGUUUUGAAAUGUAUUUCUUCUUUGUAUAUUUUAAAAGCUUGCACCUCCACAGUUUUGAACUUAAAACUAAGUAUACUGUGUGUACAGUCUGUGCACAUUCCGCCACAUAGAAACAUAGAAUGUGACGGCAGAUAAGAACCAUUCGGCCCAUCUAGUCUGUCCAAUUUUCUAAAUACUUUCAUUAGUCCCUGGCCUUAUCUUAUAGUUAGGAUAGCCUUAUGCCUAUCCCACGUAUGCUUAAACUCCUUUACUGUGUUAACCUCUACCACUUCAGCUGGAAGGCUAUUCCAUGCAUCCACUACCCUCUCAGUAAAGUAAUACUUCCUGAUAUUAUUUUUAAACCUUUGCCUUUCUAAUUUAAGACUAUGUCCUCUUGUUGUGGUAUUUUUUCUUCCUUUAAAUAUAGUCUCCUCCUUUACUGUGUUGAUUCACUUUGGACACCAAAAUUAAAAGUGAAGUAAGAAAACAGUGUGGUGCAAAA